AUGGGAGAAUUGGUUAUAAAGACGAUCUUUCAUUUAUUUGAAUGUUUUCGAAGUUUUAUUUGCAGGCAAGGAUUCCCUAAAGAAAACGGUUCUUCCGUUAAUUAA